UUAAAAUAAAGCAUUAAUUGGAAAUUGGACGCUUUUAUAAGUUAGAUCAGUUUCCGAAGCAGAAGUAAAAUAUUGAUGUUUAUUUUACUUUUUAAGGAAAAGCUGAAAAAGGAUUCCUUUGAUUCUCAAGAACACACACACACACACACACACAGCCCUAGUCACCUAAAAAUCUUCUCACUUUCAAAAUCUCUCCGCAUUCCUCCAAGAGAGACGAAGCAAGUCUGUAAAUCGGCGUUUGUGUUUGAAGUUUACUGGCCAGAGAAGGUAUUGCAAUGGCGUCGGGAUCAGAAUCAGCUGCGGAAAAGGUGGGGCCAGGAUGGGCGGUGAGCCCUACUGAAGAUUUGGUGCAAGCUUUGAUGGAGACUUUAGUUGAUCCUCUUUUGCCCUUGAGACUCUCUAACGUGCCUCCCUCAGAAGAUGUCCAGAUAGCUGUUGCCAAACAGAUGCAUGCAGUUGUUUUGCUCUACAAUUACCACCACAGGAAGCAGAAACCAGAUCUAGUAUUCCUAGAAUUUGCGAAUUUCUGCAAGUUAGCCAUUGUCAUCAGACCGCCUCUGAUUGCGUUCAUGAAGAUGAUGAAGGAAAGUAAACUGCAGGAGCUGGAUGGUACUGAAGAGCGGCUUUCAGUCACCGAGAAAGCAAUAAAGGAUGCAUGUGAUAUUGCUCUAGGUUUAGAUGCAUCUAGAGAUGUUCCUAAUAUGGAAGGAUGGCCAAUAUCCAAGUUGGUAGUGCUGCUAAUUGAUUCGAAGAAGGAAAAUUGUAUGCUCCAAGCUGGUGCUGUCACUGAAGGUGCUUUGUCACUUAUUGUAAAAGAGCUCAAUCAGUCUAGCAUCCCUUCAGAAAUAUCAGCAGGAAAUAAAGUUGGUAGCAAGAGGAAGCGAGAUAACCUGUCAACUUAUAAUACCGAGUUUCUGCAGCUGGGGUAUGAUGUUGUAAAGGAUGUCACUGGCAUCAGCAUUUCUGAACUUGAGGUUUUGGAGACCCAUAUGACAUAUUCUCUAACUAAAGAAAAGUCAGCCGCUUGGUUUUAUAUAAUGCAAUGCUCUGGAUCGUUCGAUGAACACAAGCAAGUUCCUCUUAAGUUUCUUGUUGAGAGUGUACAGGGCCCUUUAGCGGAAAAGUUUGCUAAUGGCUUGUGGAAAACAACCCCCCUUGUUAAGUUACAUUACAUGCUUCCUUACAUGGAGAUAAUCUUGUCCUGGUUUGCGAGGUUGGAGAUGGAAAUGAACUCUUCUGACCAAAAAGCUAGCGAGAAUUGUUACAGAAAUAAAAAGUUUGGAGAUUCAUCUCCUGGACGAGUGGCUAGUCCUCCUGCUGAUAUCUUUCAGAGCACAGAAAAAUAUUGUAAUCUCACAAGCAAGUUCGCCAAAAGAUUUGAAAUUCCGGAUUCUGCUGAAAGCAGCCAAAAUGGAGUUCUUGAGAACUUAGCUGAUGGUAACGAGCAACCCGACAAGGGUUUGUCAUCUAGCCGUUCGAGAGGCCUGUAUGAGAUGUUGGUGAAGGUUGAUACAGUUCCUACUAUGGAGGCGGCUAACAUAAUCAUCCUUGAAAAAGCAGAUGCUCAGAGCAAUGAUCCUGUAACUGGUCAGUCUAGACGAUUGUUUGGAAAGACAGUAGCAGAUAACAGUUUGAGAGAGAAACUCAAAGAAAAGCAUGAUGUUGGAGAUUCUAGUCAAAACGAUGAAAGGAGAAUCUGUCCUGAAAUUUUAGAUGAAGAAAGAGUUGAAUGUUGCAAGAUUAUAUCAGCUAGUCCACCAAGGGCGUUGAACACAACGAAUAUAAACGGCGUGUCUAAUAUUUGCACCGAUAGUGCAGAUAAUAAGAUGCCGAAUACGAAAAUAAUAGUUCAUCACUAUAGGAGAAAGAAAAAUCAAUCUCUGAAAAAUUUUGUGCAAUUUCAAGAAGCUGUACCAGAUUUGAAGGUGGAUAUGGCGGGUUCUUUAGAGUCAAAUCUUACUCAAAGAAGAGAUGAGAAAGUAUCUGGAGACGAGGGCUAUCUCACUAACACGUGCAACCUAACUGGUAGUACUUCAUCAGGGGACCAACGAACUCAGCUUGAGGCUAAAACUAAGCACAAUGUAGAAGUACAAGGUACAUUGGAUUCUUUUAGGUCAAAUGAGUCUCAAAGAAGAUAUGAGAAGGUAUUUGAAGAUGAGGGUUAUCUUACUAACACGGAGAACCAAAGUGGUACUGCUUCAACAGGGAACCAACAAGCUCAGCUUCAGGCAGAAAUUAAGCACAUUGUAGAAGUACAGUGUACACUGGAAUCUCUUGGGUCAGAUCAUAUUCGAAGCAAAGAUGAGAUAGUAUCUGGAGACAUGGGUGAUCAUACACACCAUGGCAAUCACACUGGUAUUACUGUAAUGGGAAACCAGCUAGCUCAACAGGGAAACAAUCAUCCUCAUCUCCAGUGCAAUCGCACUGGAGAUGAGGGUUAUCUUACUAACACGAAUAACGAAACUGGUACUGCUUCAAGAGGGAACCGACAAGCUCAGCUUCAGGCAGAAAUUAAGGACAUUGUAGAAGUACAGAGUACAUUGGAAUCUCUUAGGCAAGAUCAUAUUCGAAGCAGAGAUGAGAUUGUAUCUGGAGACAUGGGUGAUCAUACACACCAGUGCAAUCACACUGGUAUUGCUGUAAUGGGAAACCAGCUAGCUCAGUCUGAGGCUAAUCGUAAAAACGAUUUAGGAGCAAAUACUAUAUCUAUAUCAGCUUCAGACCAGCUGCAGAAUGCCUUGGCACUUCUUUAUAGAAAAAGACGAGAACUGUACUCCCAAAUCUGCACUAUGGAGGAUACACUAGCAUUAUGUGAAGAUAAUGUUGCCAGAAUAAGGGAUCAUGGAGAAGUUGAUUUAGCCCGUCAAUGUAUUAAUUCCGUCAUUAGUGGGAAGUUUCGCUCAGUAAUGGGGAACGGAACACAAGAUGAAAACAGCAAGUCUCAACAUGGGAAGCCCACCAGAUUAUCUGAAGCCUAUCUUCCUGGAAAGUCAUCAUGUCAAGAUUUGGAGUAUACAUGUCAGAGGAAUAACUGGAGACUGCCACGGUAUCUAACUGAAUCUUCUGAUGGUAAAUUCGUGUCGAAUGUGGUGGUGAAAGGAAAAACUUUCAUGCUUGAUGCAAAGGGUGGUUUAGAGGCUAAUCCUUGUGAAGCAAGGGAGACUGCUGCUGCCAAGAUGAUUACACUAAUGCACAACAGAUUUCUGCAAUCCAGCUUGGUAUGAGGGUUUAGGGUUUAGUGGUGUAAAUAAAUCGAGUCGAGCUUGAACUUUAAUCUUAUCUAAGUUAGGUUCUUCGUGUCGGGGAUGAAAUUCGAUAUGAUCUUAGGUUUUGAUCAUGUUGGACAAAAGCUAUUAAACAAUGUACCACACUUGGUGUCCCACUUUAAGAAGUUUAGCGGCUUCUUAAACUUUUUUUCUUUAAAGCUGCUUCUUAAACUUGAAUAUUUAGAUUCAGAAGAAAAUUAUUUAUUUUAAAUUUGAUACGGGAAAUAAAGGACUCCACCCCAAGAAUGUUGUAUGACUAUUUGAUGAAUGAUUGUAAGCUAAUUUAAUAGUAAUUGAUUUUUUAUAUGUAUAAUGAUAAUAGUAGAUUACGACUGUC